AUGAUUCCAGAAAAACAAAUCCCAACCACUGCAUUCGUGGUUGAGAAGCCAGGAACUCCUUUCGUCCUUCAAGAUGUUGUACUUGAUGAAGUCCGGGCAAGGGAAGUUUUGGUUGAAAUGAAAUACACUGGCAUUUGCCAUACAGACAUUAUCGUCCAACAGGGCGCAAUCCCUGUCGGUGAUUAUCCCGCCGUACUAGGCCACGAGGGUGCCGGAAUCAUCCGCCGCGUCGGCAGUGGCGUCAAAGACAAGUCCCUUCAAGACGGCGACCUUGUCUUCCUGGGCUUCAGCUCAUGCCACAAACAGACAUGCAGCCCCUGCAGCAACGGCCGAAAUGGAUUCUGCGAUCAGGUGAUACCCAUUAACUUUGCCGGUGCUCGAGGUCUCAGCGCUGCCGAGUCACCCAUCUCUUUCCCAGGUGGAAAGGGUCCAAUCCGCGGCCAGUUCUUCGGUCAGUCAUCCAUGAGCAAGCUGGCUGUGGUUGACGAGCGUUCGGUUGUCAAGUCUCCCCCAGAGUCUGGAAUUACGGUCGAAGACAUGGCGGUUCUCGCUCCACUUGGCUGCGGAUAUCUCACUGGUGCCGGCACUGUCUUUAAUGUCCUCAAGCCCACACCGACGAGUCGCUUUGCUGUUCUUGGCAUGGGCGCGGUUGGUAUGGCGGCCAUGUUGGCUGCCCGGUCUCAGGGAGUCGAAACCAUUAUCGCGGUUGACAUUGUUGAUGCGAAACUCGAGCUGGCGAAGUCUCUUGGUGCAUCGCAUACGUUGAACACGAAAAUUCCUCUGCUCGAGGCUGCCGUCAAAGCUCUGGGUCAUCAAGGUAUUCUAGCUAUGGUGGGUCUGCCUCGUGCUGGCUCAUCCCUUAAUAUCGAUCCUGUGGCGCUUGUGAUGGCUUGUAAGCGUGUUGUUGGUGUGAUUGAGGGCUGCGCAAAUCCCGCUGUGAUCAUUCCACAACUGAUUGACCUAUACAAGCAAGGGAAAUUCCCGGUCGAUAAACUUGCUAAAACAUAUGCCCCAGGCGACUUUGAGCAAGCCAUGACAGAUUUGCACUGCGGUAAUGUUAUCAAGCCCGUCAUCAAAUGGGCAGAUUUGUGA